GACGAAAUAGCCAUAAAGCUAUAUUCUCCUGAGUAGUGCAUUUUCAUCUUCGCGCGAGUGUGUGCUAUGGCGGCAAAAUUACUACGGGGUUGCCUGCGUACUAUUACACCAGAAAUAAAACCCGUGAGUGUACAACAGCUGUCCAAAUUACUGAUUCGUUGUAAGAGCUCUGCCACACAAUUAGAUGUUGAUGUCCAACAGCAGCGAGAAGCUUACGAGGAGCGCGAACAGACAGAAACAGUGUUAGACGUCAACUUUGCGAAUGCCGAAGAGGCCUACAAGAGUAAAACGACUGCGGAAUUAAUACGCUCUAUUUUGGUGUUUAAGUUAUGUACGUUUGAUCUGCUCGUCGACCACAACAAACAGUUACUCAAAUAUGGUAGGAAAUUGCUGGGUAAAAGAAUAUUUGAAAAGUUAAUGACAAGUACGUUUUAUGGUCAGUUUGUUGCUGGAGCCGAUCAACCAACCAUACAGCCUACCAUAGACAGGCUGCAUGCAUACGGGGUUGGUUCAAUAUUGGACUAUGGCGUUGAGGAAGAUAUACCACACCAACAGGCUAUUGAGGCAGAAAUGGAGUAA